CAGGCUGCUCACAGUUGCUCCAAAGUGCUCAGCUCUAGCGGAGCGAGCACACAGCUCAGCACAGUGCAGCCCUACUCAGCUCGGUACAGUCCAGCCCCAGCCCAGCCCCAGCCGGCCUGCAGGAGCCCAGCCAGCACAGAGGUUGUUGAAUUGCUCUCCUCAAAACCAUGGAUUUGCAUCUCUUCGACUACUCGGAACCAGGGAACUUCUCGGACAUCACCUGGCCUUGCAACAGCAGCGACUGCAUCGCCGUGGACACGGUGCUGUGCCCCGGCAUGCCCAACAAGAGCGCCCUGCUCUACACGCUCUCCUUUGUCUACAUUUUCAUCUUCGUGGUCGGCAUGAUCGCCAACUCUGUGGUGGUCUGGGUGAACAUCCAGGCUAAGACCACAGGCUACGACACGCACUGCUACAUCCUGAACCUGGCCAUCGCGGACCUGUGGGUGGUGCUCACCAUCCCCGUCUGGGUGGUCAGCCUGGUGCAGCAUAACCAGUGGCCCAUGGGCGAGCUCACGUGCAAAGUCACGCACCUCAUCUUCUCCAUCAACCUCUUUGGCAGCAUCUUCUUCCUCACCUGCAUGAGCGUGGACCGCUACCUGUCCGUCACCUACUUCAGCAGCACCUCGGGCAGUAGGAGGAAGACCGUGCGCCGUGCCGUCUGCGUCCUGGUGUGGCUGCUGGCCUUUUGCGUGUCCCUGCCCGACACCUACUACCUGAAGACGGUCACGUCAGCCUCCAACAACGAGACCUACUGCCGCUCCUUCUACCCCGAGCACAGCAUUAAGGAGUGGCUGAUUGGCAUGGAGCUGGUCUCCGUCAUCCUGGGCUUCGCCGUCCCCUUCUCCAUCAUCGCCGUCUUCUACUUUCUGCUCGCCAGAGCCAUCUCGGCGUCCGGCGACCAAGAGAAGCACAGCAGUCGGAAGAUCAUCUUCUCCUACGUGGUGGUCUUCCUGGUCUGCUGGCUGCCCUACCACGCUGUGGUGCUCCUGGACAUCUUCUCCAUCCUGCACUACCUCCCCUUCACCUGCCAGCUGGAGAACGCCCUCUUCACGGCCCUGCACGUCACGCAGUGCCUGUCCCUGGUGCACUGCUGCGUCAACCCCGUGCUCUACAGCUUCAUCAACCGCAACUACCGCUACGAGCUCAUGAAGGCCUUCAUCUUUAAGUACUCGGCCAAGACGGGGCUCACCAAGCUCAUCGACGCCUCCAGAGUGUCUGAAAUGGAGUACUCGGCUCUGGAGCAGCAUGCCAAGUGAGCCGCCUGCGGGGGCUCUGGGACGUGGGCGCUUGUUUGAAGCAAGCCUCUGGCUGGUGGCUUUCCAGAGCAGAGUGAAGUAGCUCCAGUCUUGUUGCUGGAGUAGCGUGGAGAAGGGAGUGGGGUCAUUGCACGUUCUCUCUCCUCUCUCCCCCUCCCCUCUCUCUUUCCUCCUCUCCCCCUCUACCCUCUCUCUCUCCCUCUCUUCCCC